CUAUGUGGGAUGGCUUAUGCAGUAUAAUGACUGCAGGAUAUUUUUAAUAGCCUGGCUGGAUGGCAGCUGGAUUGGCAGAGACAGCCUAUCAGAUUCAUGAAUGUUGAUGUCAGUUUGGUGUGAUUUCUUCUGUAGGCUGGCCAGCAUCAACACUAAAAGAGGGAGGGAGAGAGCGACGCUUGUCAACAAGAACAGAAAGAGCGAGUGGGGAAGCACGGGCAACGGCCAGAGAGAGCGAGUGGGGAAGCACGGGCAACGGCCAGAGAGAGCGAGUGGGGAAGCACGGGCAACGGCCAGAGAGAGCGAGUGGGGAAGCACGGGCAACGGCCAGAGAGAGCGAGUGGGAUUCAGGGGUGUGUUUCUUCUGUAGUGUGCAUCAAAGCUAAAAUAGGUCCUGCGAGAGAGACCAACAUCCACCGCGAAUAGAGAGAAGCACGCGACGGAGCACAUAGGAUAGUGCGCUGAAGUCAAGAAGGUUAACAGAGACCGUAUGUUCAUACUUCAUAAUUACACUUAAGUAAUCUUAUAAAGUGGACUACUCUCCGGGUGCGUUGGUAGAGGUGCCCAGUGAAGAAGGGAUAGAAGAGGAGUUUAUGAAAGAAGAGAGAGACUGACUGAUUGACACCACCGAGGAUGAAGAAGAGCAGAAGUGUGUUAGCGGUGUCACCAGGCGGUGACACCAAUGAGACCCUGGGAGUGCCCCUGUUCGGCAGCACUCUGGGAGUGGACCUUUGCCGGGGCCGCAGGCGUCACUCGGGCACGCUACAGCUGCCCCCGUUGUCAUGGCGACAGGCGGAGAGGGAUCUAAGCCGCACGCCAGAGGGGGACACCAUGGCCCGGCCCACCACCCUGCCCUUCCACCCGCUGCCACAAAUCAACAUCAUCCACGCCGACCCUGACAGCUUUGAUGUGGAGAAUGGCCCAUCUGCGUGCUGCAGCCCCUCGGGUCUCCAGGCGUCCCCUGGCUCCGGCCUGGUCCUGCACCCCAACCUGGGGGCCCACGGGCAGCGCCGAGAGUCCUUCCUCUACCGCUCCGACUCGGACUACGACCUGUCGCCCAAGUCUCGCGAGUUGUCCCGCAACUCCUCCAUCGUCGGAGAACUGCAUGGAGAAGACCUGAUCGUGACCCCUUUUGCUCAGGUUCUGGCCAGUCUUCGCACGGUACGGAACAACUUCACCACCUUGACCAAUGUACAAUCUCCCGCGCUCAGGUCUCCGCUGGGUCCUGAGUUUGUUUCUGCUGUGUGUCUGUUGACAGACGAGUCGUACCAGAAGCUGGCCAUGGAGACGAUGGAGGAGCUGGACUGGUGUCUGGACCAGCUGGAGACCAUCCAGACGUACCGCUCCGUCAGCGACAUGGCCUCCAACAAGUUCAAGAGGAUGUUGAACCGGGAGCUGACGCAACUGUCGGAGAUGAGUCGCUCUGGCAACCAGGUGUCAGAGUUCAUCUCCAACACCUUCCUUGACAAGCAGAAUGAGUUGGAGUUACCGUGCCCCAUGGCCAAGACCAGAGAGUGGAAGAAGAGGCCCCACCACCAGACCCAGCUGGAGGGUCAGGGGACCUUGACCCAGAUCAGCGGGGUCCGGAAGCUCAGCCAUUCCACUGGGCUCCAAGGCAGCAGCAUCGGCCGCUUUGGGGUCAAGACAGAUCAGGAGGACCUGCUGUCUAAGGACCUUGAGAACAUCAACAAGUGGGGUUUGAACAUCUUCAGAGUGGCUGAGCACUCCCACAACCGCCCGCUGACAUGCACCAUGUACACCAUCUUCCAGGAGCGAGACCUGAUGAAUACGUUUAAAAUCCCUGCGGACACCUUCGUGACCUUCAUGAUGACCCUGGAAGCCCACUACCACUCAGACGUAGAAUACCACAACAGCCUCCACGCUGCAGACGUGGCCCAGUCCACACACAUCCUGCUCUCUACACCUGCUCUGGAUGCCGUCUUCACGGAUCUGGAGAUCUUGGCGGCCGUCUUUGCGGCAGCCAUCCAUGACGUGGACCACCCUGGGGUCUCCAACCAGUUCCUCAUCAACACCAACUCAGAGCUGGCCCUGAUGUACAACGAUGAGUCUGUCCUGGAGAACCACCACCUGGCUGUGGGCUUCAAGCUGCUGCAGGAAGACAACUGUGACAUCUUCCAGAACCUGACCAAGAAAGAACYCCAAUCCCUCCGCAGGAUGGUCAUAGACAUGGUACUGGCCACUGACAUGUCUAAACACAUGAGCCUGCUGGCGGACCUGAAGACCAUGGUGGAGACCAAGAAGGUGACCAGCUCUGGAGUGCUGCUGUUGGACAACUACACAGACAAAAUACAGGUGAUGCGUAACAUGGUUCAUUGUGCUGACCUCAGUAACCCCACUAAGUCUCUGGACCUGUACCGUCAGUGGACCGACCGCAUCAUGAACGAGUUCUCCCACCAGGGAGACCGCGAGAGGGAGAAAGGCAUGGAGAUCAGCCCCAUGUGUGACAAGCAUACGGCUUCAGUGGAGAAGAGCCAGGUGGGUUUCAUAGACUACAUCGUCCACCCGCUGUGGGAGACGUGGGCCGACCUGGUGCACCCGGACGCCCAGGACAUCCUGGACACCCUGGAGGACAACAGGAACUGGUACCAGAGCAUGAUCCCUCAGAGGCCUUCUCCCCCCUUCUGCACCGGUGACGGAGAGGGGGACAGAGAGGGAGGACACAGGUUCCAGUUUGAGCUGACGCUAGAUGAUGAACAAGAUGGAGAGAUGGGAGUGGAGGAGGGCGAGAGAGGGACGGAAGAAGGGUGGUCGCCAGUUGACCAGGGCGGAGUGUAGAUGAACACACGUGGGGCUUCCCCCACAUAAUGAGCCGUGACCUGUUAUCUUCAUAAAUGGAAGCACCGGUUUUAGGUUGUGUUCCACAUCUUGUUUUACUGCAGUGGAGGAAUCCUGCAAUCUGGCUCUUUGGCGUUGCUCUGCUUAUGCACUAGGGCCUGACUGGCUUUGGGCCCAUGCAGAAGAGGGUGGGGAACCACAACACUUGAUUUGGGAGCACUCAGGAAGAAGAGUAUGAAGAGUUGAAGAGUGAUGCUUUGAAGGAGUCCCGUUGAAAAUGCUAGUGUGUGACAAAAGUACCGUAUCUUGGUUUUUGGUAGCCAGAUAAUACAAUCUUUGUUCUGACAAAUACUGAAGAUGAAACUAAGCUUGGCGAAGAGACUCUGUUGCGUUCAAUUGGGACAAGAUGAAAUACUUGCACUUCAGAGCGAUCUUUGUUCUUCGUGACUAUUUUCGAGUACAUGUUUUGUUUUGUAACAGGAUGGGAUGCUGCCGAGUAGCAUCCAAUGUUCAAACUAGUGAUCCACAGGUGUUUAUAACAAAGAACAUCUACCCUUUUUGUGACAAGUGUUUAAAGACUUUUGUGUGCCUUUUUUUUUUACGACAGGGUAUUUUGGACGUGAUUUUAUAAUUUAUUGAACAGGUUUGAACAUGCAGUCUUCCUGAUGUCUAAGGGUAGGAAGGGAGCUAGGAAAGUGUUUAAACUAAAGAGUCAAUAAAUCUACUAAUGAGAGGUUCUUCGUUAACACCCAAUUCAUGACCCUAUACAUGUAUUGUUAUAUGGUACCUCACACAUUUCAAAUCAAUAUCAACAAAUGCCACAGAACCUACAAGUUCCAUAUUCACAGCAAAAGGCAGUUACAAACCUGUUACUUUUGAUUUGACAUAUUUGCUUAACCGUAAAGCAAUGAUCUCGAUCUUUUCCCAUGUAAUCUGUCAAAACCAAUAUGCUCCAAAGAUGUCCUGAUUAAUGCACAUUAACAGCAGAAUGAAACUCUGCCCUAAGAGAGGUGUAUUGCCAUACCUGAUUAAAACUUAAAUAACAUUUCUCCGUAUAUAUAUAUUUUUAAAAUAUUUGUAAUUUUCCAUAUCACCCUUCCAAGAAUGGAAGAGGUGUAAAUUUGAUCUCUUAAUAUAAUGAAUACAUCUAAUUAAAUAAUUGAGGCCAAUCAAAGUAAACCUUUGAAUGGUUUCUUUCCAGACAGAGAGAGAGAGACAUCCCAUGACAUGUGAUAUUCUGAAGCCCCAUACCAAAGUCAAAAAACAAACCUCCAUUCAACAAUGUCUGAUGUCAGCUAAUGUAAUUGUUUUGGUUGCCAGAUCCUCCUUGAGCUGACACCUCACACGUUUAGGCAGAAAUGGCAGAACAAAAACUAAACCAAAAACAAAUGGCAUCUUUUUAAAGGUUGAUUCAAUGAUAAUUUAAUGUCAUCUAAAAUGUCCCCUGUAGUUUUCUCCAUCAUUUCUGUCAAGCACUUUGACCAGCUGGAUAGCUCAGCGCCUAGUCGCUAGUCUGUCAACAAUACAUCUAAAUGGUACUGUCAUGUAAACUGCAGCUCUCAGCUGUGGGGAGAUCAGCAAAACAUCACUAUGUGACAACAUGUCCCACAUUGACUCUGCGGGGGCACGCGUGUGUGUGUGUGUGUGUGUGUGUGUGUGUGUGU